AUGGUGUCGAAAAUUCUGUUUUGGUCUGCUUUUGGCGUAGCAACGAGACUGAUGCAACUCGGAAUCGAGAUGCGGCCAUUCUUCCAACGAGGCGCCUUGAUAUGGUACCCAGUGUUCGGCUCAAUUGGUGCAUCGUUUGGCUGGUGGAUGACGGGCGUGGAGCAGCGGCAGGUUCAACUACUGCAGCAGCGGAAGAAUAUUUUGAUCGAAAAGCGUAAACGACGAGCGGAACGAGAAGCAGCCGGUGAAGAGCCUGGUGGUGCGCUCACGGCACAUACAGGCUCGUGA